AUGAAAAUUAAAAUAUCUUAAAAAUAACUAAAUUUGAUACUUGCAUCUUCAAUUCUGAUUUUGAAAUUAGUAAUCGCACAAUAAAGUUUUAUAGAAUGCUAGGCAGAAUAGCAAUUUUUAGAAUAUUCUACCUAAUAAUGCACUACUUGUUUAACUUAUUGUUAAUAUUGCAAAGAUAAUGUUUCUUGUUUAGCGUGCUCUAAAGGAACAUAUCUAGAUUUAGAUUUAUCUUGCUAAAUAUCCUGCUAAAAUGGCUAUUUUAUGGAUGACAAUAGUUAAAAAUGCGUUUAAUGUUCUGAUUCUAAAUGCAUUAAAUGCAAAUCAACAAAUCAAUGUACUUAAUGUAUGUAAGGAUAUCAAGUAUCUCCUGAUGGUACGACUUGUUUGGAUGUAUAUUGCUCGGAUUUCUAUGGCUAGUUUGACUCACUUGAUAAUAGAUGCUCUCUUGAUGGCUAUUUCUAUUUCUAAAAUAAAAUUUAAAUAAACGAUAAUUAAGAAGAAUAAACUCAAUUUGUUGCUACAAAUUUUAAUUACUCUUCAUAAAAAUAAGACUCUUAUGGUGAUCUUAUAGAUAUUCAAAUUAUAUCAGUUUUUUCUUAAACGUUUGUAAUAGGAAUUAAGUAUUAUUAGAUAGUCAUUUAUGAUUUCUAAAAUAUGAAGAGCAUUUAUACUGCUAACUUCAGUUAGCCUGUACAGCAAAUUAAAUUGAUAAAGAAUUAAUUAUUUUUGUUAAUUGGAUAAUAUAUUGAAACUCAAAAUUAUUAUUCUAAUAUAUAAAUAAUAUAAUUAGAUAUGGCUAAUUUUAAAUAAAAACAAAUCUAUUAUUCUACUGAUCAAUAUUAGGAAUUAAUACUAGAGUAAGAUUAACUUUUUUUAAAGAGUAAUUCCUAUUGUUACAUCUUACUGCUUAAAUCUCUUUAAAUUUAAUAGCUCUAUAUUAAGGAUAUGAAUGCUUUUUCAUAUUUUUAAAAUGAAGGCAUUCUUCUGAUAUCUUCACUAGACCCAAAUAUUGUUUACUUUACUAACAACUAAUUUACAAGUUUUAAUCAAGUAAUACUACCAAUUGAGGAAAAUUUUAAACUAAUUAGCUUAUCUCAUCCAUAAAGUAUAAUUAUAACACUAUCUAAUGACAAUACAAUUUUAAAAGUCUAUAAUUUAUCUUAAAAUUUUGAUAAUGAUAAUUAGAUAUAAUAUUAACUAGGAUCUGUUAUUCAACAAAUAAAUUAUAGCAAUUAAGAAAUACAGUAAAAUGAGAUUUAAAAUGCUAUUUACUUAAUCUCAGAUAAAGAUAUUUAGGUUUGGAUCAGCAGUAAUUUGUAAAUAUAAAUUGAAUUAAUUAGCAGUGAUACAUAAUAUUUCAUUAGAGAAUAGAGUAUUAUCAUUAAAAAUAAUUAGGAACUAAUUGUUUAUGAUAGUUCAUUUAGUCAAAUUAAAUUUAGUAUACCAUUUAGCUCAUAGAUAACUUAAAUGCAAUUUUUUAAAAAUUCAAUACUAUUCUCAGUAGGAAACGACAUACAAGUAAUAAGCUUAGAUGAAUAAGGCAAAUAAACCUAUAUCUACCAAUCUUUUGCUUUUAAUAAUAACAUACAGCACACUUAUGGAAAAGUUUAGUAAAUUAUUUUUGAUCAAAUAACAAAUCAGAAGAUUAUUUUAAUUCUUGAAUAUAACUUUUAAAUCUACUAAUUAUCAAAAUUUGAUAAGACUUUUAACUUAAGUAUUGGUAGUAAAAUUCAAAACUCUUUAUUAUUUGGAAGAACACUAUAUGUAAUUUCAAGUAAUCAAAUAGUUGAAACCAACAUUGAUAAUUAUAAUGUUUUAAUUCAUACCUACAACACUAAUUAUAUUAUGUUAGUUAAUUAAGAUAGCUUAGGUCUUGUUUUAAAAUGUACAUCAAAUGAUGAUUAAUCAUAAUAUUUGAUAACAGUAGACUAAUAAAACAAUUUUUCAUCAAUUUAUUUAUUACAAGAUAAUAAUCUAAAUAUAAUAGCAAAAGAAGGUUAAAUAUUGAUAUUUAGUGAUUCAAAUAUUAGAAUCUUAGAUUAUAACUUUUAAGAAAAAGUAUAGCUUUAACCUUAGUAUCAAAUUCAAAAUAUAUAUUUAAUAGAUGGUAUAUACAGUAUCUUAUGGUAAAAUAAUUAGAUAUCAAUAAUUCAAUCUUAAAACGCGAAUAAUCCACCAGUAGUUAAUUCAUUUUUUAUUGGAGUUACUGUAGUUAGUGUUAUGUAUAGCUCAGCCACAAAAAAAUUAUUAGUUUUAAAUGCUUAACCAGGAAGUUAAACAAGACAAACUUUUUAAUACUAUAAUUUAUAAAAUCCAUUAAAUUAAUAGAUUGAUACAACAAGUAUCUCGUUGUCAGAAAUUGACUUAAUAGUCUAUAGCUAUUGCUUUAGUAUAGUUUAAAAUGUAGUUUAAUAUUUAGAUUUAUCUACAAAAGGUACUGAGUACACAUAAAUAACAUUUUAAAAUUAAGUAUCUACUGUUGAAAGCAUUAAUUAAUAAAACCUAUUUUUAAUUAGAUUCUUAAAUGUAAAGAAUAUUUAUUCAUUAAUUGAUUAAUUAAUUAAAGAAAAACAAAAGAUUAUUUCUAUUUUUUUCAUUCAUUCUUAAUUUUUAGAAAAUAAAAUUUUUUUAACUAUUAAAAUAUAAGGAUCUACAUAACUAAUGUGGAAUAAUACAUUAAUGGUCUGA